AUGGACAAUGGGUCGGAGGUCUUUGCGAAACUCCCGAACCCUAACGCUGGUCCUGCUCAUCUCACUGUUUCCUCGGAGGUCGCUACGCGUGAAUUGCUUCGCCACGUGUUUGAUUUCCCUGUUCCUCGGAUACUUUCAUGGUCUUGCAAUUCUGCGAAGAACUUAGUUGGGGCCGAAUACAUCAUUGAGGAGAAGGCACCCGGUGUACGACUUGGCUCUGUCUGGAAUCAGUGGCCACGGGAUCUAAAGCUUCAACUCAUCACUCAAGUGGUUGACCUGGAGAAUAGGUUGACGUCCAUUACCUUUGACAAACACGGUUGCAUUUAUUUUAAAAGAGACCUGCGUUCUCUUGUUGGGCAAGCAGAAGAUAUACACUCCCACGCUGUUGAUGACGAUGCUCUAAAGGAGUUUUCAAUUGGGCCGUUGACCACGAACGAAUUGUGGAAUGGGACUAGGAGAAAUAUGCAGCUGGAUCGUGGUCCUUGGAAGCAUGCAUGCGAAUACACUCGUGCAAUGGGCCUCAAUGAAAUGGUCUGGAUCAAGUCACAUGCACGUCCUCGAAUGAACUAUUACCGGUCGAACCAGAAUAGAGAGCUUCCUGCAGAUGGUGUCGCGCUUUUAGAGAAAUACUUGGAUGUAUCACCUUACCUUAUCCCCCACACAAACGACAAAACAUCAACUUCCAACGUUCUGUGGCAUCCGGACCUCCACCUGGAUAACAUUUUCGUGGAUCCAAAUACGUGCCAAAUCACGCGAGUCGUAGACUGGCAAUCAGCAUGUGUUUCGCCCUUGUUCUACCAAUCUGCUGUUCCAAGAUUGUGUAGACAUCCUCGACCUGUUAGGGAAGGCUGGGUCGUCCCUGGACGACCCAAGGAUUUUGAGAACCUCAGUCAAGAUGAACAGAAGAAAAUCGAUGAAGAUUUAGAAAGCGAAACGAUUCACAAAUACUACGAGGCGCAGGUGUAUAAGCGCGCCCCCCUUCACUGGUCUGUGCUCCAGCAACCUACAAUUCCUGUUAUCCGCAAACCUGUCUGGCUUGUGACUGGGGUAUGGGAAAACCGUGAUCUAUUUUUUCUCCGCGAAGCGCUCAUGAGUAUAGCUGCGCAUUGGAGCCAGUUUGUUCCAAACACUCCGUGUCCGAUAGCAUUCAGUGACGAGGAAAUCAAUCUCCACUUCAAGGAAGAGGAAAACAUCAAAGGAGUUGGGCAAAUGUUGUUGUUGUUCCGAGAGCAAGCUAUUCUCCCUGUGGAUGGGAUGGUUGAAACGAAAGACUACGACGUGGCUCGUGAGAAUUGCCGCAAAUUCAAAGAUAUUUUUAUCGGAUUGGCGAAGGACGAAAAUGAGAGGGAGUUGUUCAGAAACCUCUGGCCAUACCAAGAGUCUGGAAGUACCUGA